AUGUUCAAGCUGUCUGGACCAAGCUCCUUGCAGCUGGUGCCCAUCAGUAAGAUCCACAUCUCCUGGUUCGAGCAAAUACUAAUCAUACUUGAGUCCUCAACCUGUGUCCCAAAUACCUCCAAGAUUCCCAUACUUGCACCAAUACACAAUCCAGACAUCUGUCCGCUUUGGUCAGAACGGUGGGAGCUUAGAACUCGGCCUCUGGGCUGUCAUGUUUCCACUAUCACAUUCCUCACGUGUAUCAUUUCGGUGUUGGCUACCUUUCUAGCUGUGGGAGCUGCUGUGGUGGGAUUCAAAGUGGGAUGGAGAAUCCAGGCAAACUGGAAGACCAGGUCGGAAGGUUGGUGGAAGGUAUGGAGUCUUUACCGGCCAGGAUGGUGGAGAGGCUGGAGACUCAGGUGGAUAUUGGCCGAGCUUUCUCAGGCCACAGAGUGUUAG